AUGCUCAUGCCUGUCUUGGACUUCGAGCAAGAAAAUAAAACAGGAGUAAAACUUACGAAGCAUGUGAUCAAAGUGCCAACCGAUCCACGAGUUGUUGAUCUGCUGAAGUACAAAAAAGAUAUUUUGAGUAAAAUGUGGACUAUGCAGCCAAGCAUUUUCGGAAUGCUUCGGGUAAUAAUGGGAAAUUUAGCAGAACAAGGUCAUUCACUUACCAAUGCGAGAGUAGGUUUAUUUUUUACAAAAUCAUUUCUUUGCCAACUAGUUUUCAAAGGAGUAAUUACGGACGCACAAUUGAUGAAACAAUUACGAGAUGAAAAGUUUGAUGUGGGUAUCUCGGAAGCUCUUGGCACGUGUGGUUUUGGUGUAUUUGAACUUGCCCAAAUACCGGCCUCUAUUGCAACUCUCUCGAUUGUUCAUAAAGAAACUGUAGCAGCUAUGAUUGGCGAGUCUGUUAACCCAAGCUAUGUUCCAGGACCAUUUUCUGUCUCUGGUGACCGUAUGGGAUUCUUGGAUAGAAUAAAAAAUGUGCUGGGCAUAAUUGUUGGAGAAACAUUCUUCAAAGGAGUCUUCAAUGGCGAGGAAGAGGCAUUUCGGAGGAUUCACGGACCACAGUUCAAAGGACAUCAGGUACAGUAAGC